AUGCUGCUCCCGCAUAGUCUAAUCCGCCGUCGGCUGCGGUUCCUCCUGUUAUCUGCCCUGGCCGGUGUGAUAACGGUUUGGGUGCUCACAAACGGCCAGCAGCAGGAAGAAAGUCCGAGGUUUGAUGCCGAGCUGGUAGAACAUAAGUAUCCUCUGGUAUGGAGUCACAUCCAUACGUUCGACGGCUUCGGAGGAGCAUGGUUCAUUCCUCCGAGCUGGGUCGCAGACGACCAUGAGCCGCCGCGAGAUAUUGUCGAAGCCGCUGUCCUUGCGUCCAAGGCAGCCCUCUCCGUGCGCGAGCGGCAGCUUUCAUUUUCCAACAUUCCUCUGCUGAUGCAUCAGACCGGAGCCUCGUCCAAGGUCGACACAUGGAAGGCUGAAAUUAUUCCGUGGGUCCAGCAAUGGCUUGGAUAUGCUGUAUCUCCAAACAAUACCGCUCCCAUGGCCUAUUUCUUCUGGGAUGACGAAGGAAUCGACCUGUUUAUGGAGAAGUAUGAAAAGGAUUUCAUCCACGACUUUUACGCAAUCUUCACUCCCGUCGAGAGGGCAGACAUUUUUCGUGUUCUAGUGUGCCAACACCUUGGGGGCGUUUAUGCCGAUAUCGAUACAGAGCCCUUGCGACACCCUGCCAAUUGGCUGGAUCCGUCAGAUCUCUCAAGAUGGGUUGAUGAUAUCACUGGCAAGAGCUACGGGCUCAAGAACCCCGAGGCUGAGGCAAAUGGCACGCAGCCAGUUAACCUUAUCUGGGGGCUUGAGGCUGAUACAGAUCCAAAUUCAAAUGCGUACUGGCGAAUGGGAUACACUUAUCCCGUCCAACUUACCCAGUGGGCGUUGGCGUCCGCCCCUGACCACCCGGCCCUGAAGCAGUUCAUGGAGAAUCUUCGCGACGAGGUGCGCCUGGAAAAGGAAGCAACCUCAUAUGAUCCCAACAGAGUUGAUCCUCUUACUCGAACUGGGCCUGCUGCUGUUACACUAGCCACGCUAAUGUGGCUGGAGAACGACAUUGGCUUCAGAUGGAACGCCUUGACAGGGUUAAAAGACGGAGGGAGAUCAAAAUUAGUGGAAGAUGCUUUAAUCCUGCCCAUAACAGGCUUCAGCCCUGGUCGCGGAGGCUACGGAAACAUGGGCUCUAAACCUAUUACGCAUCACGAUGCUCGACUCGUUCAUCAUGCCUUGGGCUCAUGGAGAAAAUUCGAUCUGCUAGUCGAAUACGGCAAGUUUUGCCGGACCGUAUUCGGCUUAUGCAAAGACUGGUCCAAAGUCCCGGCAACGCAUUCUCGAGUCACAUUAUAA